UAUCUGUGAUCAGUCGUGAAAGAAACUUCAACGAGAUAUCUAAUCUUUUCUCUCUCUCUCUCUUUCUCUCUUCCUAUUUAGGUACAAUUGUAAUUAAUUAUUAAAGUAAAUUUGAAUAAAAAUGGAACGCUGGGCUGGUAAAAUAGCUAUAGUUACUGGGGCAUCUAGUGGAAUCGGAUUAGCAAUUGCAAAAGCUUUUGUACAAAAUGGAAUACUUACGAUUGGAUUUGCUAGAAGAAAAGAGAAAAUGGAGACCGAGAUGCAGAAUGUUAAGGGAAAAGGUAAAGGAAAAUUCUAUGCAUGCGAGUGUGACAUCACCAAACCCGAAAGUAUCGAACAAGCGUUUCAAUGGGUGAAGAAUAAUUUUGAAACUGUUCAUAUUUUGGUGAAUAAUGCUGGAAUCCUCAUAAGUUCCAAAUUUAUGGAUUCAUCUAGAUCUGAUUGGAAAAGAUUAUUCGAUAUCAAUGUGUUAGGAUUUAUCGAUUGUACCAAACGUGCCGCUAGAAUGAUGUUAGAUUCUGACGUGGAAAGUUAUAUUAUUAACAUGAACAGUAUCGCUGGACACAAUGUAAUUGGAUCCAAGGAAUUUAGUGUUAACUUUUAUUCAGCGUCCAAAUUUGCUUCCGUUGCUGCUACUGAGAUCACGCAAAAGGAAUUGCAUGGUAGUAAGAUUCGAGUGACGAGUAUCAGUCCAGGAUAUGUAUCUACAGAAAUCUUCGAGGUCAGUAAGUUUAACGUAAACCUCCUUAAGGAUAUGCCAGCGUUAGAACCUGAUGAUAUCGCAAAUGCUGUUAUUUAUGUAAUUGGAACUCCACAACGCGUUCAUAUUACUGAAUUGAUAAUUAGACCUUUUGGAGAAGUUAAAUAUUAGUGUUAAACAUGAAAUAAUAUAUAAUAUUCUAACUAAGCAUUAUAUUGCUUCUAUCUUCGUGAAAAUAAAUACAAUAAAAGUAUUUUUUUUUUAAUAAUGUAAAAAUUUACAAAAAUUUACAUUAUAAGCGAAAAUAAAAAUCAUAUUAUUUA